AUGUCCUUGAGUUAUGUGCCAACAACAUCGCAAGACGAAUCACUCUCCAUGAGCCCUAACCACCUUCAUCAUGACGCAACCAAUACCAAUAACAACAACAAUCAUUCUCCUUCCAUUCCUUCUCUUUCCGAAUUUCCAAAUCAGGAAAUACAACAAUCACUACACACCAACACGGAUUCAGAAUUCGAUUCUUCUUACGCCACAAACACUCCUCGUGAAAUUCGAGAAAUUUACAAAAAUUCCACCUCUCAUCACUAUGAACAAUUCCAUUCGCAAUUUUUAACAAUUUUUGAAUGGUAUCAUCGACAUCGGAAUUUACUUUUAGAAGGAGAUAAAUUAGAAAUUUUACAUGCAUUGUUAUUUAUUUUGAUUUUUAGUGUUGGAUGUUUUGUAGGUGCAUUGAUGUUGGCACCGUUCUAUUCCAUGAUUUUUGAAUUUCACAAAAAUACUAAAAAUAGUGUUGAUGUGACGUACCGUGCAUUGAGGCAGAAUUUACCUACAAUGACACAAGAGUUUGUUUCUCGUUCGAUAUUGGAUGUGGUAAAAUCUGGAGCUGUGAAAAUGAAUUUGGAUCAUACUCUGUAUGCUGGAAUUUCAACAGAAAGAGAUGAUGAACAAUUAAUUCAUUUGGAUAAAGAUAUUCAAAAGAUGGAAGGAGAAGAGAGAGGAGAACGAACACGAGUACCUGAAUUUAGAGAAAAAUUGCCUAAAAGUAAUAUAUUUUUCAAGUAUUUCAUUUCCAAUGCAAGACCAGUCAAAUUAGCUGGUUCCAAAGUAUUACCAAAAUCCAUUUGGAAAUGUUUCAAAACUGGAUGGGAUGACACUUUUCUCUCAAAAAUUUCAAAACGAUCGUUUUACACAGUUUCACACAAAUCUCACAAACAAUCUGCUGCGUCCAUCCGAACCAAUAUCUUUCCAUUGUUACAUCAAAUUGGUGAAGAAUUUCCAUUCAAAUCUCAUCAAGAAAGUGACACUUCGUCACAAAGUUUAAAACGAGAUGAAAUGAUUCAGUUGGCAUUUCAAGAAAGAAAUCGUGACAAACGUUCUCAAAAUUCUGAAGAAAAUAAUGAACAAGAUUCUCAUUUGGUGUCGUAUGAAUCGUUGUUGUCCAAAGAAGAUUCAAAAAUUGAACGUGUCAUUUCUCUUCAACACAUGAUUGACGAUUUAUUAACAGAUGCUGAACUACAAGUCGAAAAUGUGUUACAACAUCCAAAAUUGACAUUUGACUGGAAACAAAGUACAUGGCAAGCACUCAUGAAUCAUUAUUUAGAUUAUGAAAAAUUGAGAACCAAUUACGUACCAGGAGGAUUUAUGAUUCCUUAUCAAAAAAUUUAUAUUCAAAAUUUUGUGACAUCUUCUCCACAGGAUUUGAAAAUUGAAAAGUUUUUGAAAUCUAGUUUUCCCAUAGCUCCUUCUUUCCUCAAUGACACUCUUCAUUUACGAUCCAUUUCUAUGCGAUUGUCCUAUUCGGAUGAUGUUUUGAAAAAUAAUUUCGUCUUGCCCAUGUAUCAGCUCAAUAAGGAAAGUUUAUUCAUUCAAGUGAAAGGAAAAACGAAAAUGAUGCUAUUUGAUCCGUUUCAUAACCAAAUGAUGGAACCUAGAGCGAAAAUUAUGGAUUGGAAAAUUGAAAAUGACAAGGUCGAUGGUCGUCUCGUGUAUAGUUCGCUGGAUCCAUUUAAUCUUAUUGAAAAUGAAAAAAAGUCGUUCCUGUCAGAUGCUAUUGCCUUAACUGUGGAAGUAGAUCAACAUGAAGUGUUGUACGUUCCUGCUUUUUGGUGGAUCUUGGAAGUUGGUAUCCAUUCAAAGACUGAAGAAAAUAUUAAUUUAAUGCUGCGACAAGAAUUUGAAACUCACCAUGCCAUGUUGAAUGUCUUUAUGAAUGGAUUGUUGAGACAUGUUCAAGAACAAGAUGAAGAGCAAGCCCUAUUAGUGGAAACACAAAAACGACCUGUAAAACUACCAUCGAUGGAUGUUUGA